AUGAUCAGCGGGCGUCUUCUGGUCGCAGGCCAGCCAAGAAGCAGACAUCGGAGCUGGCUUCAGAGGAUGGAGAGUCAGAUGUCAGCUUUCGCAGCAAGUCGGGCAGCCCAAAGAGGCAGAAGGAGGGAGCCCAGGCCAAAGAGGAUCGGGGGCGGAAGCCAUCAUCUGAUGAUCAGCGGGAGUCUUCUGGUCGCAGGCCAGCUCAGAAGCAGGGUUCGGAAAUGGCUUCAGAGGAUGAAGAGACAAAUGUCAGCACACCAAGAAGACCCAAGCAGACUUCAAAGGCAGGUCAGCGGGCACAGAAGACAUCAGAUGCUGAGCCAGAGAAACCUUCCAGCCGAAGGCCGGGAAAGAGGCAGACGUCAGAACUGCCUUCAGAAGACGAAGCGGCGGCAUCAGAUGCCGGGUGCUCAAAGACGCCUUCGCCGGAUCGCUGGUCAGCGGGGACAGAAGACAUCCGAUGCUGAGCCAGAGAAACCUUCCAGCCGAAGGCCCGGAAAGAGGCAGACGUCAGAACUGCCUUCAGAAGACGAAGCGGCGGCAUCAGAUGUCAGCGCACCGAGAAGACCCACGGAGACUGCAAAGGCUUCGAAGGCUGGUCAGCGGGGACAGAAGACAUCCGAUGCUGAGCCAGAGAAACCUUCCAGCCGAAGGCCGGGAAAGAGGCAGACGUCAGAACUGCCUUCAGAAGAAGAAGCGGCAUCAGAUGUCAGCGCACCGAGAAGACCCACGGAGACUGCAAAGGCUUCGAAGGCUGGUCAGCGGGGACAGAAGACAUCCGAUGCUGAGCCAGAGAAACCUUCCAGCCGAAGGCCGGGAAAGAGGCAGACGUCAGAACUGCCUUCAGAAGACGAAGCGGCUGCAUCAGAUGUCAGCGCACCGAGAAGACCCACGGAGACUGCAAAGGCUGGUCAGCGGGGACAGAAGACAUCCGAUGCUGAGCCAGAGAAACCUUCCAGCCGAAGGCCGGGAAAGAGGCAGACGUCAGAACUGCCUUCAGAAGACGAAGCGGCGGCAUCAGAUGUCAGCACACCGAGAAGACCCAAGGAGGCCGCAAAGGCUUCGAAGGCUGGUCAGCGUGGACAGAAGACACCAGAUGCUGAGCCAGAGAAGCCUUCCAGCCGAAGGCCGGGAAAGAGGCAGACGUCAGAACUGCCUUCAGAAGAAGAAGCGGCAUCAGAUGUCAGCGCACCGAGAAGACCCAAGGAGACUGCAAAGGCUUCGAAGGCAAGUCAGCGGGCACAGAAGACAUCAGAUGCUGAGCCAGAGAAACCUUCCAGCCGAAGGCCGGGAAAGAAGCAGACGUCAGAACUGCCUUCAGAAGACGAAGCGGCGGCAUCAGAUGUCAGCGCACCGAGAAGACCCAAGGAAACUGCAAAGGCUUCGAAGGCUGGUCAGCGGGGACAGAAGACAUCCGAUGCUGAGCCAGAGAAACCUUCCAGCCGAAGGCCGGGAAAGAGGCAGACGUCAGAACUGCCUUCAGAAGACGAAGCGGCGGCAUCAGAUGUCAGCACACCGAGAAGACCCAAGGAGGCCGCAAAGGCUUCGAAGGCUGGUCAGCGGGGACAGAAGACACCAGAUGCUGAGCCAGAGAAGCCUUCCAGCCGAAGGCCGGGAAAGAGGCAGACGUCAGAACUGCCUUCAGAAGAAGAAGCGGCAUCAGAUGUCAGCGCACCGAGAAGACCCAAGGAGACUGCAAAGGCUUCGAAGGCCAGUCAGCGGGGACAGAAGACAUCAGAUGCCGAGCCAGAGAAGUCUUCCAGCCGAAGGCCGGGAAAGAGGACGGCAGAACCGCCUUCGGAAGAGGAAGCGGCAGCAUCAGAUGUCAGCACACCGAGAAGAGCCAAGGAGACUGCAAAGGCUUCAAAGGCCAGUCAGCGGGGACAGAAGACAUCAGAUGCCGAGCCAGAGAAGUCUUCCAGCCGAAGGCAGCGCACACCGAGAAGACCCAAGGAGACUGCAAAGGCUUCAAAGGCCAGUCAGCGGGGACAGAAGACAUCAGAUGCCGAGCCAGAGAAGUCUUCCAGCCGAAGGCCGGGAAAGAGGACGGCAGAACCGCCUUCGGAAGAAGAAGCGGCAGCAUCAGAUGUCAGCACACCGAGAAGACCCAAGGAGACUGCAAAGGCUUCAAAGGCCAGUCAGCGGGGACAGAAGACAUCAGAUGCCGAGCCAGAGAAGUCUUCCAGCCGAAGGCCGGGAAAGAGGACGGCAGAACCGCCUUCGGAAGAAGAAGCGGCAGCAUCAGAUGUCAGCACACCGAGAAGACCCAAGGAGACUGCAAAGGCUUCAAAGGCCAGUCAGCGGGGACAGAAGACAUCAGAUGCCGAGCCAGAGAAGUCUUCCAGCCGAAGGCCGGGAAAGAGGAGCGCAGAGCCGCCUUCAGAAGAAGAAGAAGAAGCGGCAGCAUCAGAUGUCAGCACACCGAGAAGACCCAAGGAGACAGGAAAGCUUUCGAAGGCCGGUCAGAGGGGACAAAAGACAUCAGAUGCUAAGCCAGAGAAAUCUUCCAGCCGAAGGCUAGCAGACAAGCUAGCGGAGAAGCAGACCUCAGGACCUUCGGAGGAUGAUGCAUUGGCAGCAUCAGAUGUUCAAGUGGCAAAGGUCGAUAGACGUCCGCUGCCAAGGAAUCAGACUCAGGCGCCUCGUGGAGUUUCGCCGCGACGAUCCGAGGAAGUCCAGGACGAGUUGCCAAGGGAGCCAGGAAGGAGUCCAGGCAGGCAGCAGGCGGCGCGAAAGGAUGCAAGUCCACUCGGUCAAAAGUUGAGCACCAAGGCAUCUGGGCCCACGUUGGCCACCACAAGGAGAUCGUUCCAGAGGUCCAAGCUUGGGGUACAACCUGGUGGGAGCCAGGUGGAGACCCGAGGCAAAAGCCCCUUCGCCCAACCUCGAACGCAAGGGAUGCUACAGAGUUCAACCCAGGCUGCACACAGGCCAUCCAUCAACCAUCGCCAGGAGAGCACCUCACCUGCCCGGAGGACCCCAAAGCAGCCUGAAAGCAGCCUCAAGCACGAAAUCCCUCGUGCAUCCCAGAGGCGCGGCCAGUCCCAGUCUCCGAGGUCUUGGGAGAGCCCAGCACAGCUGCCCGGCCAGCUGUCAGCAGACGACUCCACGGCCUUCUACGACACCCCUCAGCACCACGUCUCCGCCGCCUCUUCGCCGGAUCGUUGGCACAGCUCCAGCCCAAAGCCGCGGCCAGACGACCGGAGGUUUAACUGGCGUGAUGCGGGCCCCGUUGCAGAUGAGGGCAGUCCGUUUGGAGUCAGGGAGAGUCCACAAUCUGGCCGAUAUCACGCUGGAGUUCCGGGCGGCCAGGCUGACUUGGAGAGGCAGAUGCGAAGCUCCAACAAUGCCCCAGCCAGCAUCAGACUGGCAGCGCCAAGCGAGUCUGCGGCAUGGCAGCAGAUGCGGCGGCUGCAGCAGCUUCAGGAGCAACUCCUAAGGCCGGCGCAGCCAGACAUGCCCUUGGAUGCGCUUGAGCAAGAGGCAGACGACGAAGUGCGAGAUCCCAUGGCAAAUCUGAAGCAGUUAGCGCAAGAAGCUCAGGGCUAUCCAGACCAGCCGGAGCAAAACAGGGAUGCCUAUCCGGCGCAUCUCAAAAGUGGUCGAGCAGAGCAUCCAGAGGACAUUCGAGAUGCAGAGCACUCGCGGCAAGCAAGCAGACAGCAAUCGGGACAACCAUUUCCCAAUGAGCGGGGUGGACGUGGACCUGUUCUGGCAGAUUCACAAGACUCCAGACAUGUUGAGCUGCAGCACGCUGAUCCAUUGGCAGUGCCACGGCUGCUUGAGCCCUCCACCAUCCGCGAGGGCGGAGCCAAAGCGGAAGCGGCGCUGCAGGUACCUUUCGCGGCAUACCCGAGGUCUCGAGAAUUGGCAGAGCAAAGGAGGUUGCUUGAGGAUCGGAAGACAGCAGCGGCGCACAACAGCCAGGCGCAGAAACAGGGCCAAGUGCAGCAGGCCAUGGCACAGAACCUGCAGCGGCAGCUACAGAUGCGGGCGCUGCAGCAACAGCAGCAGCAGCUCAUUGAAAGCCAGAGCCAGAGCCAGUCGCGGCGCCAACAAGCGAAAGUGCAAAGCCACCAGCCAAGCCAACAGCCGACCCGACAGCAAGUCCAGCAAUUAAGUCAAAGCCAUCCGCAAAUGCAUGGCAACGAGCUAGGUCCGCAGAUUCAGCAACACAGCCAGCAGCGAGGCCGGCUUGCAAGUCCACAACGCGGCCAGCAGCAAGACAAGCAACACGGCCAGCAGAGAAGCCAACACUUGAGCCAACAGCGAAGUCAACAACAAAACCGGCCACUUAGCCAACAGCGAGGCCAACUGAGCCCGCGCAGCCAACAGCAAGGUCUCCAAAGCCAGCGCAGCCAGAAGAGCCAACAACAAGGCCAUCAGCAAAGCCGGCAGCUCAGCCAACAGCGAGGCCAGCAAGAAAGCCGGGAACUCAGCCGACAGCCGAGUCCCCAACAGAGCAAGGCGCAACAGCAAAGCCCGCACAGCCAACAGCAACACCGGGCGCUUAGCCAACAGCGAGGCCAAGUACCUGGCCAUCACUUGGGCCUGCAACGUGGUCAAAAUCAAAGCCAGCAAUCCGGCGGCAGGCAGACAGCAGAAUCUCGUGUGCGAUCAGCCUCCCCAGCUCUCCGAGGGUCAGCUGGUGCGCGCCAGGGACCGCCAGCCGGAAAGGAGGGACGGUCCUUCAGCCCGCGGACAGGAGUCAGCCAGACAGAGAGAGGGGCAGGCAGUUCAGCACACGGUAGGUCAAUGCAGCCUUCAUUUCACUCACAAGACAUUCGAGUCCGGGACGUGUCUCCCCCGCGUCUUCGAAAGCCUGCGGUUCCAGCAACUCGGAGGGUCAAAGAUGUCAAGGCGAAGAGCAUGGCAUCCUUGGCAUCCUUCCUGCCUCGAGCACAGAUGACCCGGACGCCCAGUCCAGAUCACUCUAGGUCCGUAACCUUUGGGUUUGCAGACAAGGUGACAGCUCUACAGCCAGACAAAGACCAAAGGGAAGGGAAGGACGAGAACCUCUAUGUAGGAUUUCGCAACGGGCACGGCCAGAGGGAUGGCUUCGGCGUGAUGCAGGUGAAAAAUGGGCCGACCUACACGGGCCAGUGGAGCGGCAGCAAGAGAGAGGGGCAUGGCACCCUCUUCUUUGAUGGUGGGGUCUUCGAGGGCCAGUGGACAGCUGGCAAUGCACAUGGCAAAGGCGCUGUCCACUUCAAGAACGGAGAUACCUUUCAGGGGAAUUAUGCCAACAACAAGAAAUGUGGCCAUGGGGUCUACAAGUGGGCAGAUGGCACCGUGGAGUCUGGAGACUACUUGGAAGGGCAGAAGCAUGGGACACAUUUGUGGUGCAAGGGCUCUGAUGCCUGGCAAAUGACCUACGACAAGGGCACCUUGGUGGCCACCCAGCGUGCUUCCGACACGGAGACCAAAGCGGACACUAAGGAGUUCGUAUCGCAGAAGUUGGUUCUCGACAAGGAGCGGCCUACACCAAGACCAACCCCACCGCCCAGCCCGCCCAAAUCGGAGAAGGCACGAGAGGCGGCCAAUCGCUGCAGAUCUGAUAGUGCAUUCAGAGCUCAAGGCUUUACAGAUGCUGAGAUCGCCCUCAUCGAGCGAAAAAGUCCCCCCAGCUCGCCAGCGCCUUUGCCGGAUAGAGCCUUCCUUCCCAUGAGCGGCAGGGCCUUCUUCCCCACAUCGGGCCGGAGCCGUCCAAAGGAGGCGAACAAAGGCCAAGCCCUUGCCGAAGCCCAAGGCGUGUCUUCCUCUGGAGAAGCGGCCAGGGACGGAUUGCAAGACCCGCCGGAGGCAAGCGAGGCUGUAGACAAAGAGCCAGAGGCAUCUGCUCCAGAACAACCUGCUGAUGCAACGUGAGGAGGUCUCACAGUACCAUUCAGCGCUGACGUAGGAAUGUGUCAAAAUAAGGAUUUGGACCGGCA